ACUCUUGGAGCGGGAUGGUAAACGGGACAUGCGCACCUGUCCUGGACGAAGAAGCUGUCAGGUUGUUGAUGUGUUCUCAAGCUCGACCCACUCGCUCCAGAUGACACUACCCAGCAUGGAGCCCCUCGCGAUUCGAUCUCAGCAUACAUGUCGAAUGUACUGACAGAUGUACCAGAGACGAAGAACUCAAAUCCGGCUUGCCCAGCGUGCAUACCGCCAGCGGAAGGAAACCACCAUCGCAUCGUUGAAGAGUCAAAGCUCACAGCUCCACUCGAUUAUCGACCAGAUGAACAAGGCAUUUUUAAAGCUAAACCAGUCCACCAUCAAGUCAGGUCUGUUACAGCUGAAUCCGACUUUGGCCCAAGAGUUCAAGCUGGUAACGGACACGUUCGCGAGCUUGAUAAAGACAGCCAACGAGGGCCAGUAUGAGGGAGACGAAGAAGGUGAACAAGGCGAACAAGGAGUUGAAGGCAAUGGUGCACCAAAGCUAGCCGAACCGGAGCCUGAAGUGCAACACAUCGGAUGGGGUUAUUCCACAGUUCCGAAACCAUCCGCUGAGAAGCGCCCGCAGCCACAACUGUCAACACCGGAUAGCUACCUCGCCCACAUCAGUGCUGCUUAUGGCAAUGUAGACUCCCGUAGGAGCGAUCUGGUGGGAUGCCGACAGUUUGGAGCAGGUUCGGUCUUCGACCAGUCACACCGAUCUUCGCAGCCUCCAGUAGACCCAUCACCAUCGCAUACUUCAUCCGAACCGACGCAGCUGCCUUUCGGGCUUGUAGACCUUCUGAGUCAGCACCAAGCACCGUAUGCAACAUCAAACCCACACACCUACUCUGUCCGUGUACCGACGCCUGAAAGGACACCGCCAACGAACAGGCUACCCACGCCGCCUCCAUCGAAACUACCGACGAGGACACUCCCUCCGGUGACAACGUACAGUUUCCAAGAAACCACAUUUGCCAGAAGAUUGUCUAGGGCGGCGCUCGAGGCGGGGUUUCAUUUGCUUAGCAACGCCCAUGCCCGCCCUACGGCAAUCAAUCGUGUAUUCAAGCUCUCUCUACCUCAUGAAACCCUCGAUCAAAUACGAAGCCGCUUCCGAACUAUCAUGGCCCGUGGCAUUGACGAAGAUUUGGAUUGGUGGGAGUCGCCAUUCCUCCAUCUCGGUGGUGCAGGAACUCACUAUCCGCGACGGGACGCUGCCGGCAAUGUAAUGUCUGUUAGGAACGGAUGGAACGUACGGCAAAUUGGACCAGCGGAGAAGAAAGUACUCAUCAUAGAGAAUACAGAAGACGGUAGGAGUGAAGAGCUACGCGGCGUGGACCUCCGUGGAUACGAGGGAGAAUGGUUCGAUUGUUACGACGUACAAGGCUACUUGGAAGAGCAGUACUCGUGCAAGCUCGACCCGAAGAGCUCGUUCGCGGAGUGUGUUAUCGACGUUGAUGACGAAGAACUGUCCAGAACCCCCAACAGUGCAUUACGGCAACGGCCGCAUAACACAACGAGUCUGCCUUCUAUUCACCAGAACUCCGCGAACGCAUCGGCAGCUCCGUCAGCCACUUCGACAAAUCCGCCAAACAACCCUUACAAUAUCGCGAACAGUGGAGCUUUUGGGCUAGACCUGUCUUUUGGGAACACCGGUGAAUUCCCCAGGCUUGUCAACUACGAAAUCUCCUAUGAUCAGACACUGGGUUUAGAUCUCGCACCCGGGUAUGAUUAUGGGUUUGCGCAUACGUCUGCCUUUCACAUGGACAAUAUGGAUUUGGGCAUCAACAUGAUGAGCGACGUAGCGGCAGCUUUACCAGUGGCGAGGCAGAAGCGGAAGAAGACUGCCUGGCUAGACGUUGCGAAGCUGAUUGAUGAGAUCAUUAUACAUGGCGUGUGUCUCGGGCGAUCACCAGGGUAUAGGCGCAAGGACGUUGAUGCAGCGGUACAAAAGGCUUUGGUGCAUGAGCAUUAGCCGGUAGCGAUUGCGAGGAGCAUGCCAAGAUACCCAAGUGCGAUUCGAGUGCAGUGGCGGGAGUUUUGCUUCUUAUGGGAUGCAGGUUGGUCGUUUGAGGUGCAAUUGAUGAACUGACGACGUCUGUACCAAUGUUUCAAUCGAUUCGUGUGUGUAUUGAUCAUGGCCACUACUAUAUUUCGAAUCCGCCAGAACGGUGCAUCGCGUUCUUUGAAUGUUGAGCUGUGAGCCUAGUCACGUGUGGCGCUAGAGUAGCGUUAGGCGCUAAGGAAUCGGCGCCCUCAAUGAUUGCCGG